AGGCACCAGGGCAGGAGAUCAUUGCUGUACCCCGUACCCGUUGCAAGAAGAGAGAGAAAGGGAGUGAGAGAAAAUGUCGGGGAUAAUCCACAAGGUCGAGGAGAAGCUCCACAUGGGAGGAGCGCACAAGAAGGAGGAGAUGGGAGGAGCGCACAGCAAGGAGGAGGAGAAACACCACAAGGAGGAGCACCACAAGAAGGAGGAAGGGCACAAGGAGGGCAUCGUGGAAAAGAUCAAGGAGAAGAUCCACGGUGGAGAUGGGCACGGCCAGAAGAAAGAGAAAAAGAAGAAGGAGAAGAAGAAGCACGGCGAGGGCCACGACGGCCACAGCAGCAGCAGCGACAGCGACUAGAUCCGCAUAUUAUAAAGUGGAAUGCUAUAGCUCAGUGUGGGAUGGGGAGGUGUCCUGCUUUCGCUUUUAAGUGCUUUCCUCCUGUAAUUGUCGUUGGGUAAUAAUAAUAAAGUUCCUUUAUGAAAUCCUCCCUUAAAUCUGUCUCUAUCUUUCGCUUUUAAGUGCUUUCCUCUUGUAAUUGUAGAUGGGUAAUAAUAAUAAAGUUCCUUUUAUCAAA